AGCGAGCGAGCGGGCGGGGGGGCGGUGGUGGCGGGGAGGGGGGGGAGCUGCCGCCCGCGCCCGCCCUCAGUCGCGCUUGCGGAGCCGCAGCCGAGCGCAGGGCGCAGCGCUGUCCCUUCAGCACCGCUCCCCGCGCGCCUCGGCACCGCAACUCCACACUGAGGGAAACCUUGCUCCGAGCCGAGCCUCCGCCUUCCCCCGGCCCCCCCCGCCGCAGCGCCCGGGCCGAGCCGCCGCCAGUGACCGCGUGGUUUGCAGUCUGGAAAGCAAGGUCCGAGAAUGGUGAAGCUGGGGAGUAAUUUGAACGACAAGAACAACAAGCAACCAUCCAACGAAGAUGGUUUUCAGACAGUUCCUUUGAUCACACCUUUGGAAGUAAAUCACCUGCAGUUCCCGGCUCCGGAAAAGGUAAUUGUGAAAACAAGAACAGAAUAUCAGCCUGACCAGAAGAACAAAGGAAAACUCAGAGUGCCCAAAAUUGCUGAAUUCACAGUCAGUUUCACUGAUGGUGUAACAGAAAGACUAAAGGUCACUAUUCUCAUAAGUCUGGCUCUUGCAUUCCUUGCCUGCAUAGUGUUUCUUGUGGUAUACAAAGCCUUUACUUACGACCACAGUUGCCCAGAUGGAUUUGUUUAUAAGCACAAGCGGUGCAUCCCAGCCUCGCUGGACGCAUACUACUCCGCACAGGAUUCCAACUCCCGGGGCAGGUUCUACACUGUCAUCAGCCACUACAGCAUGGCCAAGCAGACCAGCUCCCGGGCCGUAUCACCCUGGCUGUCUUCAGGAUCGGUAAACCAUGAAGCCAAGGCUGCCAAGACAGAAGGUCAUUAAAGUUAAUGAGUGGUGAUGGGCAAAGUGGGAGGGUGGGGGACAACAUCAUGUCUAUACUGCAUUGCUCUAGCUGAGGGUGCUGUGCUAACAGCACGACAGGAAUAAAUAAACCCCGAGUGCAGGAGUCAUCUUAAUGGAUAUUUCUUUUUGUGCAUUGUUCUCGUUGAUUUGUAACCGAGUCGAGCUCUUGUACAAAGGCAUGUUUGAUGUUGACUGUACCUUACGAUGUAAAAAUAUUUUUAAAUCAUUGCUUAACUAUUUGUUAGAAAAAGAAAUUAAAAAACAAAAAAAGCAAAUUAGAUAAACAGCCAGAGAGGAUAAAAGCAGCAAAGAGAAUCCCGCAAAGUUUUAUCAUUGCUGGAAAGCUGUGACAGAGGCUUAACAUGCAGUGAACGAACAGCUGAAAUCCUUUCGAGAGAGAGGGUAGAAAGAACCUGGUACAAAGACAUUGGGAUGUCAUUUGGCUUGCCAAAGGGGGGAUAUUUUGCUGUCAAAUUGAAUAUAGCAUCAGCAUUCAUUUGCUAAUGGAGGAAUACAAGCAUCCCCUCCUCCCUCAAACAUACACACGUGCAAACACACACACACACACCCCUGUGCAGUGGCCUAAGUAAAUCCAAAAAGAUCUAGGGAUUCGUAAUGAGCCGCCACUGUGCUGGUGGUCUUGGCUGGGCUCUGAGGCUGAAAUCCUGGUUGGUAUUUGGAUACGGAGCAGGAUGGCAGCAGACAGGGGCUGCCAUAGUGAAAUCAAGAAUCUAGUUCUGAGCACAGGACUAGGAGUCAGGAGAUCAGGGCUCUAUUUCUGCUGCUGGCACAGAUUUCCUGCAUGACCUUUGGCACAUUACAUGAGGCAUCAUCCUUUGGGACCUCUCUCCGGAGGGACACCAAGAGACAAAUAAAUUGAGGAGCCUCUCAAGAGUGAUGAUAGCAUAGAACUGUAUUAAGCCUCUAACUUUUCAGCCCCUAAUUUUCCCUCACCCAUGAAAUGGGAUGCUCCUGCUUCCCUCCUUCAGAUACUUCAGUAUUUAAUGUCAUUCUAGGUAAUUAGAGAGGGAUGGCUGUAGCAUGCUCUCAGAGUACAAGGGUCCCAUCAAAUCUCUGCUUGCAAAUACAGACCAGACCCCAAGCUUAAUCCAGUCCUGGCCUAUGUAAAACAUCCUCUCCCCACAAAUGGCAUGUGCAAUUAGUGCAAACUGGUGGAUUUUUUAAAAAAAAGGAUUCUCUUUUUUCAGAGCUGCAAGCCGUUGCUGCAAAGCAGCUCUGCUCCUCUGUAGCGCAGGCAGGGUGAGACUGAGCAGCAGGAGCAGAGUGCAUAGGGAAGGCAAGGUUCGCAUCUGACUAAGGCUGCUUUUUCAGAUUUGUGGCUAGACUGGGAUGGAAAUUAGGAACUGGCCCCUUUUUCCCCCUGCAUUGGGCAGUUUUGUCCUCCAUUUCGCAUACAUAGAAACUAGAGAGUGUAAAUGAGGGCAGAACUCCUCAGUCCUAACAGGCAUCAUGAUAAAUAACUGUAUAGUGUAGCUAAAACUGUAGUGCCAAAUGCCAUUGUCUGAUUUCCUAUCCUUCCUUCCCCUUUCACCUGUAAAUUAAUUUCUCACUCAAAAUGUACAAACCACCCCCCUCCACCAACAAUCGAAAUUCCAGCAAACCACUGAACAGUUUAUAAUUUUGUGGUGUAUUUUUUGUCAGUAGGUAGCAGAGACUGAAGUAUUUUUUGGUGUAAUUCUUGAACUUUUCUGACGGGAUUAAAAUAAAGCUAGAUGUGACUGAGCGUC